AUGGGAUACCUUGAAUGCUUGAUUUCAUUGUAUACUGUGGCAAAACUAAUCUACAGAACACACAGGAUAGGAUUGGCCCUUAUCGGAUACUUUAUGAAUUGAAACACCAACAGAACCCAAGGUGAACACACACUUGAGUUGACUUUACUCCUUGUGUAACUUGCAGGAGUAUUUCGCAUGGUGUAUUCCACCAGGUGGCUCUCAAGGCCCAGAAUGCGAGAACUGCUUGGUGUACCUACCAGCUGAGAGGACUGGCAUCACUUGGGGCACAGCAGAAAAGCAAUUGUAUUCUUGCAUCUGUUCCAUCUAAAGACCACUAGGAAGAGUGAUCAACACUUACAUCUCUUUAGGAAAGAAUAUCUGAAAAAAGUUGGAAUGGUUCUGAAAAGAUAUCCCUAGCCCAGUGACCUUAAACACAAAAUGGCAGAAGAGUGUAUCACAGGAAAAGACGACCUUACUGUGGGUGCUACUACAAGUGGAGGAGUGAAUUUUUACCCCUGGACAAUAGAUAAUAAAUAUUACUCUGCAGAUAUUCACCUCUGUGUAGUACCAAGCACAUUUCAUGUUACUGGAGAAAUUGCUGAAUCUGUGCAAGCAUUUGUGGUGUACUUUGACAGCUCAAUAAAAUCUGGACUUGAUAGUGUCUCUGAAUGGCUUCCUCUGACAGAAGAGUGGCUACCAGAAGUCAUGAUCCUGGUCUGUAACAGGGUAUCUGAAAAUGGUGUUAACAGACAGAAAGCUCAGGAAUGGUGCAUCAAGCAUGGCUUUGAACUGGUGGAACUUAGCCCCGAGGAACUGCCAGAUGAAGAUGAUGACUUUCCGGAGUCCACAGGAGUCAAACGAAUUGUGCAAGCCUUGAAUGCCAAUGUGUGGUCGAACGUAGUCAUGAAGACUGACAGGACCCAGGGCUUUGGCCUUCUCAGUACAUUAGCAGGGGCGAACUGUAGCAUUGGAUCAGAGGAGAACCAAGAUACAGAACCCAAUCCCUCAGCAGCAGACAGAGAAGAAUCCCAUUUAGACAACAGAGAAGAUGCAGCAAGCACAAACAACUUACAGAUUGACAACCACGUAGAUCCCAUGUUAGAUAUGGACAUUCAAGAGCUAGCCAACCUAACCACGAGAGAAGGUGACCUGGAGAACUUUGAAAGGCUAUUUUCAAAGUUGAAAGAAAUGAAAGAAAAAGCUGCAACGUUGCCUCAUGAACAAAGAAAACUACAUGCGGAAAAGGUGGCCAAAGCAUUCUGGAUGGCGAUUGGAGGAGACAGAGAUGAAAUUGAAGGUCUCUCCUCAGACGAAGAAAACUAAGUUCUUCUGUAGCCGUAAGCGACAGAGCGAUCCUAAAAGAGUGAUCUUUUCCUGCAACGAGUGUUUAUUGCAAAUAGCCCCAUUUAGCUUUAAUUGCUCUCUUUGGUUAAAGGAUUCUCUGUAAUCAUUGUAUUAAGUAACACAUUCCACAACACCUAAUGGUUUAGAGUGGUUUUGUCUGAGCGUUCAUUCCCUCUCUGAGAGUUUUAGAAGACAAGGAUGGAAUUAGAGGAAAUAAUAAGUUAGUUUACAUUUUUCAAAUUAACAUUUUUAUUGUUUCCUCUUUUGAGUUUAAAUAAACAAAUUUACAACCAGU